AUGGUUCAUCUCAGUGCCAUCAACAAGGACGACAGCGGCAGCGCUGCGAGCAUUGCCAAUGACGCAGUUGCCCACCUGACUCAAAAAGCCCGUAGUACUUUGAAGCUGUCGUCCGAGGAAGAUAGCCUCACUACCAGUGUUUACGGCUCCCGCUUCGCGGAGCAGGAGUUGCCCAGAUUCACCAUGCCAGAGCGUGCGAUGCCCCGCGAGAUUGCUUAUAGAAUGAUCAAGGACGAUCUUAGUUUGGAUAACAACCCCAAGCUCAAUCUAGCGUCUUUUGUCACUACUUACAUGGAAGACGAGGCUGAGAAGUUGAUGGCUCACUCCCUCUCCAAGAACUUCAUCGACUACGAGGAAUACCCCCAGUCAGCUGACAUUCAAAGCCGAUGCGUCAACAUGAUAGGCGAUUUGUUCCAUGCACCCAGUGGCAAUGGGAUCGGGUGUUCAAGUGUGGGUUCCUCUGAGGCUAUUAUGCUGGCUGUGUUGGCGAUGAAGCGUCGUUGGAAGAUUCGCCGCCAGGCUGAAGGCAAAAGCACUGAACGCCCUAACCUCAUCAUGUCAUCCGCGGUCCAGGUGUGCUGGGAGAAGGCUACCCGCUAUUUUGAGAUUGAGGAGAAGUUUAUUAACUGUACUCCGACACGCUUUGUCAUUGAUCCUGAGGAAAUGGUGGCCAAGUGUGAUGAAAACACCAUCGGCUGUGUUCUCAUUUUGGGUACGACUUACACUGGUGACUAUGAAGAUGUCAAGGCGGUGAACGACUUGUUGAUUGAGAAGAACAUUGAUGUUCCUAUCCACGUGGAUGCUGCCAGUGGUGGCUUCGUCGCUCCAUUUGUCGUGCCUGACCUGGAGUGGGACUUUAGAUGCGACAAGGUCGUCUCCAUCAACGUCUCGGGCCAUAAGUAUGGUCUGGUCUACCCUGGUGUAGGUUGGGCCAUUUGGCGAGCUGCCGAAUAUCUUCCCCAAGACCUCGUCUUCAACAUCGACUACCUCGGAGCCCAGCAGUCAUCUUUUACUCUAAAUUUCUCCAAGGGAGCAUCCCAAGUCAUCGGACAGUAUUACCAGCUUAUACGUCUUGGCAAGCAAGGCUACCGCCUUAUCAUGAGCAACCUGACCCGCACAGCUGACUAUCUUAGCGACUCUCUCCAGAAGCUCGGGUUUAUCAUCAUGUCUAAACGUGCCGGAGAGGGUCUACCCCUUGUCGCUUUUCGAUUUCCGGAACCCAAUGAAGGUGGUCGCGAAGACCGCCAUUACGACGAAUUUACCCUGGCUCGUCAACUCCGAUCCCGAGGAUGGGUUGUCCCCGCAUACACCAUGGCGCCCAACACUAACAAGAUGAAGAUGCUGCGUGUUGUUGUUCGUGAAGACUUUUCCCGUAGCAGAUGCGAUGUCCUGAUUCACGAUAUCAAGAUCUGCCUCGGCAUGUUGGAGGAAAUGGAUCGCGAGACGAUCAAGCGACAGGAGGAGUACAUCAAGACGCAUUUGACGUCCUCUGGCCGAGCUCAAGAAUCUAUUCACAAGCCUCGACAUUUCAAAGAUGAUGAUCAUUCCCUUCAGGGCAAGACUGGCAAGACUCAUGCGGCUUGUUAA